GCCUUGCCCGAUUGGUUGGAUUGCAGGGCAAAGACUGGAGGGCUUCUCUACCAGUGAAGAUGGCGGUGGCCGCAGCGACUCGAGGGGUAGGGACAAAACUGGCCCUGCGUGAGAUUCGCAUCCAUUUAUGCCAGCGCUCGCCCAGCAGUCAGGGCGUCAGGGACUUCAUCGAGAAAAGGUACGUGGAGUUGAAGAAGAUGCACCCCGACCUACCCAUCCUAAUCCGCGAGUGCUCUGAUGUACAGCCUAAGCUUUGGGCCCGCUACGCAUUUGGCCAAGAGAAGAAUGUCUCUUUGAACAACUUCAGCACUGAUCAGGUAACCAGAGCUGUGGAGAACGUGCUACGUGGCAAAGCCUAAAGCCUCAACUGAGGAUUAAGAGCAGCAUCCCAAGCCUGGGCUCUACUGGACUGAGUACAAUAUGGAAAAAUAUAUUAUUCUAUUCUCUAUAAAGCUUGUGCUGUAAAA